AUGGGAGAUCAAGUUCAAGAGUCAGCCAAAUGGGAAGGAGAGACAAUAGUAGAGCUAAAACUCACACCACAACAAGUAUGGCCACUCAUAGCAGAUUUUUGCUCCUUAGACAAAUGGUUUACUCACAUUGAGAAGUGUUACCUAGUAGAAGGUGAACUAGGGGAGCCAGGCAUGGUUAGGUGUUGUGAGUCCUCAAAGUUCGGAGGCGACGGCGUGGCUCGGUUUGCUAAGGAAAGGCUUAUAUCCAUUGAUCCAUCACAGAUGUGUUUGUCCUAUGAAAUUCUUGAUAACAACGCAGGGUUCAAGUCUUAUGUCUCAACCAAGCGGUUGUUUCCGAGCGACGGCAGUGAUGGUGAUGAUGAUGAUGAUGAUGGAAGAAGUGGGUGUAAGUUUGUGUGGACGUUUGAAGCUGAUCCUGUUGAAGGGUUUACCUUAGAAGGUCUUUGUGAGAUUUUUAAGGCUAUUGCUCAUGGCAUGGUUAUUAAGAUGGAAGAAGCUUAUAGUCAAUGUGAAGCUAAUUAA